UAAAUUGAGGAAGAGUACUUAUCUCAAAUGGUUUAAAUUAAAGGCAAUAUUAAAAUGGCGAAGUAAAAUUAAAGAUAAUAAUGCGGCCGGGAGAAGUUAUUUUGUCCUCUUGUUUUCUAGUAAUCCAAGUUGUUCUUGUGGUGCGAAGAGGAAAUUUUUAAAAGCGGCUUAACCGCACCUGUAUGUCUCGUUAGUAGGUGGUACGUAGGUUUUCAACUCGUUUUAAAACACCUAUUAUACUACGUGCCCGUAUACGUACGAUUACUAUUUAUUAUUAACGUAAGUAUUUAUAGUCAAAGAAAAUUCUUUGAGACCUCAAAUUUUAAUUAUUAUUAGUUUUCGUGAUAAUUUUAAAGAAAGCGGCCGUUUCCGAUAAAUUUUCAAUACAAAGUUUUGUAAACAGGUUGCGUUUAAGUUGGGGAAUGGUGCGAUAAAAAGCCACAUGCUAACGCGAAUGUGGGCGCAUGCUAAUUUGCUCGCCUAAUGGCAUGCAUAUGCAAGUUAGAUUGUACGUUUUCGAACUCUUGGCGCCAACUAGACUGAUUGUUUAUUUAUUUAUUUAUUUACUCAUUUAUUUAUCUCAAUAAUAAAAAUAUAUAUAAAUAUGUAUACUUAUUUCGUAUUUCGUAUAACACCCAACCCAAGCGAAACUUGAAAAGAGAAAUUGGCUUUCUCAUUCAUCCCACGCCAUUUUAUAAAAUUUUAUUCGACAAAACACUAAAAUAGAUAAAAAAUUAUCAUCCACUCCGGAAAUUCUUUCAUCCUGUUCAAAACUUAACUCCAAUUUUUUUUCAAAUUAGUAAUCGCGUUGCUUUAAAGCUACGAUGAAUAAACUAAUUUUCUUUAAUUUUUUAUUAAUUUCUUUAUUUAGACACUUAAACUAUUCAAAAUGUAUGAAACCGAAAAUCUCUUUGCAACGAUACAAACGCUACAUAGGAUUGAGCAGAAGCUUUAAGUUGAAUCGAAGAUACCAAGAAUGCGUUGGACCCGGCGAUAUACAAGGCCAUUGCAAACACGCUAUUUAUUGUCAAACAGACGUUACGGCCAUGUCCAAAAACGUCUUAGAUUAUCUUUGCGUAAUCGCUAAAACACAUAUUGGGGUCUGUUGCCCAGAUGAUAUUCUUUUAGCAACUGCUCAAGGUUCCUUAGUCAUAAAAGAUUUGCCAGCAUCGGGAACUGAUUAUGAUGACGAUGAUAAAAAUUCAGGUUGCGGAUUACCAUCAAUGGCGGGAUCCACAUCAAAAUCACCCCAAACUUUAAAACGUUGGCCUUGGAUUGCUGUUUUAUACGAACAACAUAAACCAGAAGAACAAUUCUGCGGUGGUGCGUUGAUAACUGAUAAACACAUCUUAACAGCCGCCCACUGUUUCAUUAAUAUUCGCAAAGAAAACAUUCGUGUUCGAUUAGGAGAAUACGAUUUUUUGAGACGAAACGAAACGCGUUCGAAAGAUUUCCUCAUCUCAUCGUUAAUUACCCACGAGGAAUUUAACUCGGCCAGCUUUGAAAACGACUUGGCGAUUGUGAGACUACAAAAACCAACCACUUUCAACUCGUAUAUUUGGCCAAUUUGUCUGCCUCCGAUAAAUAGAUCGUUUGAAAACGAAACAGUUGCUGUGGCAGGAUGGGGCCAAGUUUAUUAUGGGGGCCCAACGAGCGAAACCCUUUUAGAGAUUUCUGUCCCAGUUUGGCCUCAACAAAAAUGCAUCGAUUCUUAUGCACAAAGGAUUACGGAAAAUAAUAUGUGUGCCGCUGGAUAUGAUGGCGAUCUGGAUUCGUGCAAAGGCGAUUCCGGGAGUCCUUUGCUAUACCAAUUAGAGAAUGGGAGAUGGGUUGCUAUUGGGAUUGUUUCUUGGGGAAUUGGAUGCGGAUUAAAAACCAAUCCUGGAGUUUAUACGAGAGUUAAUAAAUAUUUACCUUGGAUUUUAACGCAUACUCUUACAAACUAAACAUUAUGCAACAAAAAUCGCUUUUGAUUAUGCCAUAACAUUUUUGUAUGCAUUUUAAUUAAUAUAUUAUUAUGAAGUAAA